AUGGAUACGGCGGGUUCUGAGAUCCUUGAGGAGCUCUCCGACGGCCCUUCCCCCAGGGUCUCCCCGCUGGAGUCCCUCGGCGCAGUCGUGCUCUCCACAAUGCAGCCGGAGUACCGUCAGCGCAUGGUGGCCUUGUACCACCUCGUCUUGGAGUCCGCUGUGGUCAAGGUCGUGCUGCUGGUGCUACAGAUGCUGUGCUGUGCGGUGUUCUGGCUGGUCGAGAACACCGUGGGCAUCAACGAAACCGUCGGCUCGACGCGCCUCCGAUUGUGGAACAGCAAGUUCAAGCUGCGCACCAUCCAGCGCCAGUUGCUGUGGCGCAUGGCCAAUGCCCGGGGCGUGCUCAUGACCACGCCCUGGCUGUUCUUCCUCAGCCUCCUGGGAUUCAUCCUGUCCCUGGCGGCGCUCCUGAAGAAGACCGUCAAGGAGCUGGUGUUCCAGAUACGCCUGCACCUCGUGCUCUAG